AAAACAAAAAAAUAAAGAAAAAAACAGGACGAAAACGUCAAAUGAGAAAAAAUUUUGCUUGAGAAAUUUUCACUUUUUAAAUAAAGAAAAUUUUCUAGUGGACACGCGAUCUAUUAAUUAGGGGUUUUAAAAGAAAAAUAAUUGAAAAAUUCAAAGAAACUUUGUGGAAUUGAGUACAGAAAAUAAAAGAAAAUUGUUAUAAAGUGAUAAUAAGACAAAUAAUAAAGUUCAUUAUUCAACUUUAAAAGAAUCCAUGGCUACUGGUGGUACAACUAAUAUUGGAGGUUCAUGUGGUGGUGGAGGCAUAAAUGCUACCAAUAAUAAUUUACAAUUAUUACAAACAUUCCAUCAACGUUGUGGCCGACGCAUUACCUUGUCCAAUGGCAAUCGCACGGCCACACGUUCCGCUAGAGAUUUUAGUCAUGCAUUGGUAUUUAGUGCAGAGCCAUUGAUAAAUGAUGUUUUGUUUGAAGUGGUUAUAGAGAAAAAGAAUCAUUGUUGGGGCGGCAGUAUAGAAAUUGGUGUUACCUCGGAGUCGCCGGAAAAAUUAGAAUUGCCCUCAUGUGCUACGGUUAUGCGUAAUGGCACUUGGGUUAUGUCUGGCAUUGAUGUGCGUAAAGAUGGUUUGUGUCUGACAGAGUUCUAUGGUACCGAUUUGGAGACCUUGAAUGAAAAUGAUCGUGUGGGUGUUAUGCGUACUUCCAAUAAUGAGUUGAUUUUCUAUGUUAAUGGUGAAUCACAAGGUAUAGCAGCGCGUAAUAUGCCCAGUCCAUUGUGGGCUUUAGUGGAUCUUUAUGGCCGCUGUAUACAAGUUUCGAUAUGCCCGGUGGAGGGUAGUGGUGGUGGAGAAUUUUCCGAUACAUCUUCACAACAUUCUCAACAGGUGGUGCAGAACAUUGAUGUACCCAUGUGUGUGGAUGUCACUGUAACCAGCUCUUUUAAUCCCUAUCCCACCAAUACUCAUUCCGAAUCUAUGGGUUCUGUAGCAGCAGCUGCUGUACUAUCCUCUCUGCCCACUUCAGGAUUUUGCAGUUUACCUUUAACCAAUGCAGGCACAACAACUUCUUCUAUCUCCUCCUCAGUGGGUGAUUAUUAUGACAUGAACGAUCGUUUAAGAUUUCAUACACGUUGUGGUUCGUUGGUAAAACUUUCACCCAGCUGUCGUUCGGCUGAAAGACGUAGACCUUUGGAUGAGUUUAACAAUGGUGUUGUUAUGACUCAUCGACCGCUAAAGGAUAAUGAACUCUUUGAGAUACGCAUAGAUAAGUUAGUGGACAAAUGGUCGGGCUCCAUAGAGGUGGGUGUAACAACGCACAAUCCUAAUGUCUUACAUUUUCCGGCCACAAUGACAAAUAUGCGUUCGGGAACUAUUAUGAUGUCUGGUUGUGGUAUUUUAACCAAUGGCAAGGGUACCCGACGCCAAUAUGGAGAAUUCAAUUUGGAUGAAUUGCGUGAGGGUGAUCGUGUUGGUAUGAUGCGUAAAUCGAAUGGUAAUUUACAUUACUACAUCAAUGGCCAGGAUCAGGGUGUGGCGGCGACGAGAGUAGCAUCUACUCUGUGGGGUGUUAUUGACCUCUAUGGCAUGACCAUUAAGGUGACCAUAGUAGAUCGUGACGAAAGAGAACAGCAGAAUUUGGUGACCAGGCGUAAUAAUUUGAUAUCUUCCAAUGCUUCUACCGCCAUAGGAGGUUUAGGAAAUGUUUUGGCAAAUGGCAGUGGUUUGGGUAAUUCUGCUGCCCCUACUCCAGUUCUAAGUCUACUUAGUCCAGAAAGUGAAGUGGCUGCCAUGGCCGAUUCAGCAGUCACUGCUCCAGCUGGUAAUCAGCGCAAUACUGAUCGUUUAACUUUUCAUCCCUUGUGUGGUUCGCAUGCUUGUGUAACGCACUCGGGUAGGACGGCGUUGAGACCUAAUGCUUCCGAUGACUUCAAUAAUGGCGUUGUUUUGACUCGUAGGCCUUUAAGGCCCAAUGAAUUGUUUCAAGUGCGUUUGGAAAGGGUGGUAACCAAAUGGGCGGGUUCAGUGGAAAUGGGGGUUACUACACACAAUGCUGAGGAAUUGGAAUUUCCAUUUACCAUGACUAAUGUUAGAGAUGGUACUUGGAUGAUGACCGGUAACGGUGUUAUGCACAAUGGCAUAACGGUUAUUGAAAAAUAUGGAGAAAAUUUAGAUCGCUUGCAGGUGGGUGAUCGCGUAGGCGUAGUGCGAAAAGACGAUGGUACUUUACAUUUCUUUGUUAAUGGUGUCGAUCAAGGACCCGCGGCCACUAAAGUCCCUGAACGUGUAUAUGGCGUCAUAGAUUUAUAUGGCCAGGCGGCCCAGGCUUCCAUUGUCGAUACUUCCGAGUGUAAUAGUCCUGAUACAGGCAACUCUACUAUCUCCAAUACCACUUUAUAUAGUGAAACUCCUUUAAGAUUUCAUACGAUACACGGUAAAAACGCCAGUAUUUCGAAUAGUGGUUUGACGGCCUCACGUCCCAAUUCUCUGGCUGAAUUUAAUGAUGCCAUUGUUUUCAGUAAUCGACCUUUAAGACAGAGGGAACUAUUCGAGGUGGUAUUGGAGACUAUGGUACGCCAUUGGUCGGGUAAUAUUGAAAUUGGUGUAACUGGAUCGCGACCCGAAGAUAUACAACUUGCUGCCAAUGCCACCGAAAUGGAUGCUAGUGAUACGAUUAUUUUAUGUGGUCCAAUGAUUUUCCACAAUCGUAAGAAAUUACGCUCAAAUGUUUUAGUGGACCUAGAUACUUUAGGUGCCGGUGCUAGGGUGGGUGUUAUGCGUAAUGGCGACUCUAUACAUUUCUUUAUUGAUGGUGUCGAUCAGGGACCGGCCUGUGAAUGUCGUUCACCAAAUGUUUGGGCUGUUAUUGAUUUGUAUGGUCAGUGUGCCCAGGUUUCUCUUACCCAGACACCUGUUGCUGAUAUGCGUGCCCCGUAUGCUACCAGCGAGAAUUCUCAAAGCUGCCAGGCCACCUCUGUUAUACAACCGGCUACAUUAGAAACCAAACAUCGUUGGACUUGUAUAUCGGGUAAUGUCACGUUAACACAAAAUUGGACUAUGGCUUCACGUUUAACUGGAGCCUCAGCAGCAUUGUCGAGAUGUGUGGUAUUUUCCGAGCACCCUUUGAGUGUGGGCUCACCAUUUGAAAUAAAGUUGGUGUCACACAAUCCUUUGUUUGCCGGUUGUCUUAACAUUGGUAUAACCGAUCUAAAUCUAUCCGAUGACAAUGUUCGUAAAAAUAUCCCAUUAAGCAUUAAACGCAUACCAGCUAAUGUUUGGUAUGUUUCGGGCAAUGAAGUGCGCUAUAAUUCAACACUUUUGCAAAGAUCCAUGACUUCCCUAGAGUGGUUGCGUGUAGGCGAUCGCAUUGCUUUGGAAUUGACACCAACGAGAACGUUAAGAAUUUUAUUGAAUUCUGAGGACAUGAAUAUACAAUUUCAGAAUGUACCAAAUGAUGUUUAUGUUGUUGUAGAGCUGCAAGGUUCAACCAUGGCUGUACAAGUCAUAUCAUCACAAGGACCCACUUCACCUUUAAGGCCAUUUAGUUUACGUUUACAAGAUUCUUUAGAGUUCGGUGUAGAUCCAUUAAAUAAACAAGAUUCCAUGUUAGAAUCUAUAGAUUCGGAAGCGUUAGUCUAUGAGUUUUCCGAAUAUUAUGGUAAAAAUAUACGUUUAUUGGAAGAUCAUAGAUCUGCCAUGCGUACACAAUCGUACAAUAAUGCUUUGGUUUAUGUUACAAAACCUUUAUGUAAAGGAGAGAGUAUAAGUAUAAAAAUUGAUGCGAUCAACAGCAAAUGGAAGGGUACUAUUGGUUUGGGUGUAGUGGGACAAUGUCCCAAUCUAACAAAUUCCUCAGCACUACCACCGUCCAUUAUACAAUGUAAACGUCCUUGUUGGGUAGCCACUCAUGAUUAUAUUAAUAUAAAUGGCCAAAAAAUAGCCUCUAAAUAUGGUGAGGCCUUGGAACAUAUACAACCGGGCACUGUUAUAACCAUGACUUUAACACAUGCUGGCAUGUUAAUCAUUAUGGUUGGUUCGAUUAAUUUGGAAGAUUUGACAGCUGGUCUUUCAAAUCAUGUUUAUCCCGUAUUCGAUCUUUACGGCAAAUGUGAACGUAUUACCAUUAUAACCGGCAGUGAUGCUGCCCGCAAUGGUACACCCAUUAUAGAAGAAUCUUCCGCUUUGGAACAUGAUUCAUUAAAUGAUCAAGAUUCUAAUGUGCCGCAAUGUGAGAAGGCCGAUUUAGAAGUUCAUGAAAAAGAAACUGAACAACAAUCUUCUAGUAUUCAAAUGAAUGGUGGUCCAUCUUCUUCUUCUUCUGCUGCUGCUAUGAGUCGUUCGGUUAUGGAAAGCGUUUCAGAGAAUUUAUUAUUAAAUAUGUCCAUUAAGAAUCGUUCUGUAGAACAGGGACGUGUAGAGCCUAGUUCUUCUUCGUCAUGUUGUCUUCGCGAAUCGUUACAACUCCAACAUACCACCAAUCUUAAUAUACAGCGCAGCCAAAGUACACAAAGAUUUUUAUUCCACAAUGCUUUGAUUGCGUAUGCCUAUACACCACCCACAGACAAUUAUUUGAUAGUGGUAGAUGGUCCGUCAACUUCGUCGGCCACAGCCACAACAUCGACAUUGCCCACAAAUCAACAGAACUAUGACACGAAUAAAGAAAUUGAAAAUACCGAAGAAUUGGGAGCUGUGGGCGGUUCUUCACCCAGAGAAGAUGUUAAUUGCAGUGAAACUAAAGGAAAUUUACAUGAACUAAAUGAAGAAGCCAAUUUAGCAUUGCAGCAACAGCAGCGCAGUAAUGAAGAUACAAAUUAUGAAAAUACCAAUAGUUUAGAACAAGAUGGUAAUAAUGAGAAUAAUAUGGAAGGAAAUUCAAAUGCAAAUAAUGCAUCAACUGUUAAUGCUACUAAUGCAUUGAACGAGGAUAAUGAGUAUAGAGAAAAUCCUUUGGAGGGAAGUGAAGAACAGGAGACAAAUGUAGAAGUUUAUAAUGAUCGUUUGCUGUUCCUGCGACAAUUGCACUUGCAAAGACGUCAGGAACAGCAGAGAUUGCAACAGCAGCAACAACAUUUCAAUUUGGAAAAUAAUUCUUCUUCUUCGUCCACUCAAUUCGAUAGUAUGCAAUCGAUAGCCUCUAUAGAACGUAAAGAUUGUGAAUAUUUAAAAUUGGUACAACAAUUUCGUAGCUCUCUUGUACUGCCCGAUACAUUCUUUCAAUCGUCUAUCGAACCUAUAUGUUUUUGUACCCAUUGCAAUGCCCAGGCCUCGGAGAAGUUGCAUGGUUGGGUUUAUUUUAAAUUAAACCAACAGACAGUCAACUCGAAUUCUUCCACACAGCAUGCUUUAGAUUCUGAUGUACACGGUGAUUGGUUGCCUUUAUUCUAUAUGACUAGGGUGGAUAAAAUACGGGCAAUUUUAGAUCAUGGCCAACCCUUACCCAUGGAUACAAAUGGUGAAACACAUAAUCAUGCUUCUGGCAAUCAAAAGGAUGAACCAGGCACAAGACUUGAAUUGCAUUUUACACCCAAUUCCACAGCUAUUAUACCCAUAAAUCAACAGCAUAAGUAUCAUUUCAAUGGACAAGCCUAUAAAAUCAAUACCGCUUUUGAGGUUUAUGUGAGAAGACAAAGUAUAUGCGCUUCUUCUAAAGCCACAGCAAAUGAUAUCGCAAAACUACAUGAUGCCGAAAGACGUUCUUCUACUUCAGAUGUUGAUCUAGCCGGUUCAUCGUCCGCAGGAGCGGUUGGUGGUCAUAAUGCUAAUAGUGCUGUUGAUUGUUAUGCUGGUCCCUCCACUUCCCUUUCAUCGGCUCCAGUUAUUAAGGAUCAAACUUGGUUUACAAAAGAAGCUGGGGCAUGUGUUAUUACCGCCUUAAUACUCAAACUGGAUAAAUUGUCAUCAUCCGUAGCGGGUGCUAAUGAAUUAUAUUAGUUUUUGUAAAGUUUUUUUUUUCAUAUUUUCAUUUAUUAUUAUACUUUUAUGUAUGAAAUAUACAUUAUAGUUAUGAAUUUAAAUGCUACAUACUUUAAAUACUUUAAUCUUAUUUUGUCGUCUAUUAACUAUUUAUUACUACUCUCUUUUUCCAUACGUUUUGUAUUUCUUUGGCAUAAAAAUUAAGCACUGAUUAACUAGAGUUUCAUUUAAUUUUCCAAGCUAAUAUAUUAAGUUAAUUUAAAGCGCGAAAUAAUUGCAUAAAUUUUGAAUACAUAAUACAAAAAUAUUAAUCAAAAUUGUAAAAUAAACGAAAUAAAUUUCGACAAAUUUAAAUAAUUUCGAAAAAAGUUGCAAUUGUUUCAAUCAAGGAAGUUGUUAAGAUAAUGAAUUUUUAACGCAAAAGUGACGAAAAGGUAUCUUCUACAU